GCAGGCAGCGCUACCGCGGCAGUUCGUCUUCGGCUCCACACGCAGGGGAAGUCCCAGCCCACAGAACCGGCACUCCGCGACCGGAAUUAGUGCGCACGAGAAAGGCGCGUCCUCCCCUUGCAGCCGCUAGCCCAGCCGGAGUGUCCCCAGACAGCAAGCCGCUUUUGGAGCAAGCGCGCGGCCCGAAGAUAAACAUGAUCUCCCACAUUACAUUGGCUCUGUUCCUCCUUGUGGCCUGCAACAGCAAUGCAACACAGCAGAAUACACAUUGCAAACGGCUUGUCACUAAAGACCAUCUGAAAAAUCUGUCAGACCUGAUGGAUACCCAGAUGAAGAGUUCCUGCCAGCUAUCCUUUAACUAUGUGGAAGAGAGUGAUCUGAACCACCAUAUCUGCUUUGUCAAAGCUGCAUAUCGCCCACUGGGAGACCUUCUCCGCAAUGAAAUGAAAUUCAAGAAAAAUACUACAAACUUCGAAAUUCAACACGCAUUGCUCCAAAGUCAUGAAUAUCUUGACAAGGAUUGCUUUAAAACUAAAGCUGAUGAGAGCCAGAGCUCAGCACGCUGCAUCAAGAAGUUAUCUUUGUCUGCAGAAGAGAUGCUAAAGCUGGUGCACAGGUACUUCAGUCUGGCUGCAGAGCUUAUCUUUAAAGAGGAAAAUUUCAGUCAAGACUGCAGCAGUAUCUUCGAGAAGUGCUCAGACUUGCAUGACGAAGCUACCUCCUCUUCAGGUGUGGUGACUGACCAAGACUGCAAGUGUUCAGCCACAGUCCUCAUCCCUCAGGGACUUGCGACUUCUUUCCUUCCGACUUCUGAGUCUCUUCCUUCCGUUGCACACCAGCUGGACAGCAAAGAGACAGCUGCCAGCACUCUUGAACUAUUCAGGCUGCUUGGCACCACGCAGACUCAAGGCCAGCCAGAGGGUAGUACCAGGCCCAGGGUGCCCAGGAGUACCUACAAAGGCCCAAACAUGGACUUUGGGUCUGCUGCUCACACUGCCAUAUCCUCAGAAGAAUUGGCAUUGGCAGCUGUACUGCAGGGACCUGAUUCUGUGGCCUUCCAGGAUUCAGCCCUAACCCCACAUCCUUGGUUCCCAAGGCCCAGUAACAUCCCCCCCUCUCUUUCCAGCCAGCAGCAAAGUGAAUCCAUGGGAACUGAAUCUACUCUCCCUGGUUCUGGAGCUGGUAGCAACCAAAUAUGGCCCAGUGAGUCACCUUCUCAGCAUCUGUUUCUUUCUGGCUUAGCCAAACCUUCCCCCAAUAAUCAGUGGCUUCAGACAAGAGUUGUGGACAAGGCCAUUUCGGAAUUUGCAUCUGAUUUGGGUGGUAGAACUGAUAGCAGCAGCACAUCUAGCCUAAGCCUGGAAUCCUUUGCCACUUUGGAGCCAUUGGACAGCUCAGGGAGGGCCUUCAGUCGCAGUUGGGCAGUUCUCCCACCCAGUGAUCCACCACUGUUCCCCAUCCUUGGCUCUGAGGAACCACUCUCCGUGACCCAGCAGCCCUUUAAAGCAUCUCCAAGGCUCAUACCCCUGGAAAGCAACUCAUGGGGGGACCAGGGCAGCAGAGGCAGAGCCCCAGGAAUACAGCAGAGUACCCAGCUCCGAGAGAGACGAGCAGGAAGAGAAGAAGAGGGCCUGGCCAAGGACAGGGAGCCUGAGGAUAACCUUUCGGGGCCCAACUUUGAUCUGAGCUUCAUUCCUCCGAACACAGACAAGUCCAGCAAGAAUCCAGAACUCAGAGAUAGCCAAAGGAUGGCUCUGAUUUAUGUGCUGGGGCCCAGCAUCUUGGGAAUCCUGUUGGCAGUAGGAGGCCUCCUGUUCUACUUGCAUAGAUCCAGGAUGCUAACAAGGAGGCGACAGCAGAGGGUGGGAAGUAACAUGGAAGAACAGGAAGGAAGCCCACUGAGGGCAGAGGAGGAGCAUUUGGAGUUGCAGAUUCAGGGGGAACUAUGAGCUGGGCUUUUCUCUUUGUUGGAUGAGAAAUCACAUGGGGUUUGGACGGAAUCCCCUUCUUCAUAUGGUCCUUUUGGCAAGAAGUUAAACUGAAACCUGGGAUAUAAUUACCAUCUCUUCCUGUGGGGAAGUCUCUUUCUCUGUGGCAACCGAGGGAGUCGGGAAGAAAAUGGACACUUCGGCACUCAGGUCUGGCAUCCUUAUUGCCACAUGCUGCAGUGAAACCCUUGCUUUGCCAGUUGGCCAACUUGCUGAAUUAAACAGGAAGAAACCCAGAAGAUGCCAACAGUCUGGAAACUGACUUGGGCAUUAAAACUCCUAAUCUGAUGGAGGGGUAAGCGUUUCUAGGAAUUGCUGUGCCUGCUGCUUUCUGGCAUGAAAAGGGCAACAUCUACUCCAGAAUGCCUCCAAGGAAUAGCUGAGAUUGAACAGCCACAUGUCUGGACAAGAAGGGAAAAAAUCUGUUUGACUAACUCUAACAGAGUGGCUGGGUUCACUUCUAAAGGAACAGGCUUUUAUGCCGUCUAGCUGCUUUUUAGUCAGAUUAUCUGAAGCAAAAUUACUCAUGGCAACUUGUGGCUGCUAUGAAGCAGGCCUAUAUUUCCCCCCUUUGACUCAUGCUAUGUGUGUAAGUUAUUUUCUGGGCCAGUAUUUCCCCCCUGCCGGACUUGCCCCCCCCCCCCGCUUUCUUAACUUCCCUCAUAGCCUAGUGUAUUGAUCAGAGCUGCUAUUGGCUAUCCCAGUGGGUUUCAAUAGUUCCUGUUCUAGAACUGCAAACUUUUAAUUACAACUUUUUAACGUGGGAUCCACUUUUAAUUCUUUUUAACUAGGUUUCACACCAUUACCUUUUAAUAAACUUAAUUAAAUCUGCAUAAAAUUGCAUAUGAGAAACAGUGCUUCCAAAGAUAAGCAUACUUCAUAUUAGAGGAUGCCUUCUAUAACACAUGAAUGCAUUAAUAAAUUCAUGUAUUUUUUUUUCUUGUAGAGAAGGAACUGCCUCUUAUAAACUGCAGAUGGUUAGAAGUUGUUUAGUUUAAACACCUUGACCAGCUGAAGAGUCACCAACUAACUGGACAAUAGAUUAAACUUACUGAUUUAAAAAUCGGAAUUGUUGUUGCGGACCUGAUUUUUGCCUCUAUCACUUUUCUCCCCACCCUUUACCAGAGCAGUGGUGAGGGGGAGGAGAGUGCAUCCUUCCAAUUGGCCUAGUAAGCUUUUCCUGAUUUUCUUUUGCAAGAACAAAAAGUAGGUACCUCUCACAUUGCAGGAGAGAAUCAGGUAAACACUCCCCAGCUAUAUUUCUUCAGCUGAACUCAUGCCCUGUUUCAGUCUGUCUGCAGAAAGUGAAAUAAAGACCAAAAGAGGUUUACUUUCCCCUCCCCUCAAGAAAUUAUCUCCUGCAAGUGCCCACUGUCAUAUAAGCAUUAUGCAUGCUUGCCGUGUAACAUGUAGUUUUGCGCUUUAAAUUUUAGUCUUGGAAGAUUGCAGAGCCAGUACACAGGAGGCUUUCUUAAAGAGGAACCUUGUCACCACUGUCCCUUUCCAUGUUAUAGUGGAGAGUUAAUUAUAGAGUGCCAACUGAAGUUGCCACUGCCCAUUUUUUAAAUGAAGCAAAGCUGUUGGUUGCACUGUAUAUACUCAAAUGUGUUGUUGCCAUGUUCAGAGAACAUUCCAGUCUUGCACCUAGGAUCCAGGCUGUGACUGGCAUGUGUGCAUAAUAUGGUUUUGUGGCUAUCCAGGCAGGAUGGCAAGAGGCAGGGCCAGUCUCUGCCUCUUCUUGGUCCACCCUUUUUAUUUCCCUUGCUAGCUUUCUCUUAAGUGUUUGUGGCAAAUCAUUAAUGACCCUGAGCUGGCCUCGGGCUCAAAAUGCUGCCUUUCUGCACUAUGUGCUAGAGAAACUUUUGUCAGAGGAAGGUGUGGGUGUAACUAACCUCACUGUAAGGAAUUGACACUUAAUAGUGUUGCAAUAAUGAUGCAAGUGAGCCCGUGUUUGCAAAGUUUUGAGACUUGUCUUCUCAGUGUGCCAAAUACGUUUAUAUUCUGUAAAGCAUUCUGUUUUACUGUGGGUGCAACAUCCCGAGCUGCUAGGGCAAAUGGCUGUGUGUUUCUCUAGCAGCAUACAUCUUGAUGCUCAUUUAGCUAAUCCAGUAAUCCCAGCAGUCAUGUUUUUUUAGCUUGUCUUGAAAGAAGAGAUCAGCUUCAAAUAUCCACUUGCUACUCUUCCAUCAUCCUAGUUUCUCUGCUGUAACUUGUAAAACAGCUUGUUGACAUGUCAGAGGCUGGCAAGAUCCUUGCUAACAGCAGCAAGGAUAAUGGAGGUUUACAUCUAAGGCCAUUAGUGGCUUCACUGAGCCUUGGAUCCAGCAUGCCUCAUACUUGGUUGAACAAGGAAAAAUUGUUUCCUAGUAAAGAAGAGUAACUUUUUCUUGCACUGUUGACUAUAAUAUAGAGAUAGUUCUGCAGUGCCUACAAAACCACUUCCACCGCUCCUUUGGUGUGCAAGUUUACCAUCAUUCAGGAGAGAUUUUUGCCUUUUAACUGCAUGCUGGAACAAACUGUACCAAUCAGAGUUAUCAGCAGCUCCUGUAGAUUAGAUGGGCUUAAAGGAUGCUGUGAAGAGAGCCACAUGAGAUCAUGAUCUUCCCCAUCAGAGCAGCUAGAUGCAAUAGCUGAAAGAACCACCUAUAUUUUUAAUAGUAAAUCUUGACUGCCAGAUGCUAGGGAGAAACAUGGCAUGCAUACUGCCUUGCUUGGUCAGCCAAAUGACUUUUUCUUAGUAUGCUGAGCCCAAUAUACCAAGGGGAAUCCAUGGCCUGGAAGGUAUUAUGUUGGAGAUGAGCUGUGUCCAAAGAGCAGCAGGAUGUGCAGCUAUAGAGAAGGAAUUCAUGAUAUCUUGGGGGCAGCUCAGGGUGACCGUAUCAUACUUGAGAUGGGUGUCAGACAAGAACUUAAACCUAUUUUGAAUUGCUUAACCCAUUGAGUGGAAUAGAUAUAAUCAUGACUUCUAUCAAAUGAUAGGAAUGAUCCUCUUGUGUGGGUGGCUAAGCUUGUGAUGCUGAGCUGGGGCAGCAGUUUUUAUACUCCAUCCUGAGUAUGUACUUGCUGGCAAAGCAGACCUUGGGCUAAACCCCUUAAUGCCUAUAUUUGCCCAUAGUUACCCCCACCUCUCUCUCUACAUAGGAGAAACCAGUUGGGAAGUUUUUCAAAGGAAAUUACAGAUCUGGUUCAAACUGUGUGUAUGUGUGUGUGCUUUAUAUAUAUAUUUUUCAAAAUGAAUUUUAUAUAAAACAGUUUAAAUGUCUAUUUAAUAGAAAAGAAUGUAUUUAAUAAUAAACACAAAUGUUUAACACU